GAUUUUACAAAAACGUAGAAGAAUUAGUCCUUGGCUCCUUGCCUCCUUGGUGGGACCAAAGUAUCAAAGCCAGAAAACUUAUUGGUCCAAGCAAUAUCUACUUAUCCAGAUAACGAAUUCGAAACACCACCACACAUCUGAAAAGCGAAAAUCAUCUACCCCUUCCUUCUCACUUAGCCAAAUUGAUAAAACAGAAAUACCCACAAUCUUUCCUCCUCCAAAUUUGCAUAAUCAUGGCAACCCAAGCAGGUCUGUUCACCCCCGCCAUCACCGCCCCAAAAUCCAGUAAGUCCCCUCUGGUUCCAUGGAAACCUACCUCUUCCUUUUCAUUCACCACCCCCAGCCCUCUCACUUUUUCCGCCGCCCAAAGAUCUCUCAAAGUUGCCGCUGCUGAAGAGAAAACUGAAGCUCCCACAAAAGAGGCUCCAGUGGGUUUCACCCCACCAGAAUUGGACCCAAAUACACCCUCACCAAUCUUCGGUGGCAGCACAGGAGGGUUGUUGCGCAAGGCUCAAGUUGAAGAAUUUUAUGUUAUCACAUGGGAUUCACCUAAAGAACAAAUCUUUGAGAUGCCAACUGGAGGUGCAGCUAUUAUGAGGCAAGGGCCUAACUUGCUCAAGUUGGCCAGGAAGGAGCAGUGUUUGGCUCUUGGUUCCAGAUUGCGAUCCAAGUACAAGAUUAAGUACCAGUUUUAUAGGGUAUUUCCUAAUGGAGAGGUUCAGUAUCUUCACCCCAAAGAUGGAGUUUAUCCUGAGAAAGUGAACCCAGGACGCCAAGGAGUUGGGCUGAACUUCAGAUCCAUUGGAAAGAACGUUAGUCCCAUUGAGGUCAAGUUCACUGGCAAGCAAGUUUAUGAUAUAUGAAGCAGCUAGCUAUGUAUUUAUGGAUCCCUCCGUUGCUGGAUCAUUGAUGUACUUUUAUUGUUCAAAGCAAUGCUUGAAAUCUGAAUUUUUUUUUCCUAA